CUUGCUUGCAGCUUGCCUGCAGCGCGCUAGCGGCCAGUGCGAGUCUAAGCCGCGUUAGAACCUGAGUGCUCCGGGAGCCUUCCCCAGUGCAGUGCCACCUCCAACCCUCCAGCCCUAGUGCCCUACAAGUGUGCCGCCAUGAACGCGAACACCAACGCCGUGGCGGUGGCCGCCUGCCUCGCCUGUCUGAUCGCCAGCGCGCUCGCCGCCGAGUUCAAGAACUGCGCUCCCAACAGCGACCUGGGCGAGUGGACGUCGGUGUCCGUUCUGGGCUGCAACAAGAACGACACGCUGUGCACGCUGCGCCGCGACCACAGCGUCACCAUCUCCAUCGACUUCACCAACAAGAAGCGCGAGUGGCGGGUGCUGGCCUCCGUGCACGGCGUCAUCGCGGGCCUGGAGAUGCCGUUCGAGCUCAAGAACCCGGACGCCUGCCGUGACACCGGACUCACGUGCCCGCUCAACCCCGGCCCGCACACCUACACCUACAGCCUGUUCGUGGACAAGACCAAGCCCCGGCUGCGCCAAGUCACCGUGAAGUGGGAGCUGCUCAACGAGUUCAAGAAGCCCAUCGUGUGCGUGCUCAUCCCGGCCAGGAUUCGAUAGCCCUCAUCAUGCCGCUGAAACUAGCUAAAAGUCUUCCUAUUCUCCCCCUGAGCGUACAAAUAAACUAACGUUUUCAAUAUAAAUAAAAUA